ACUGAGGCACAGAGAGAAAAAAGGAUCCCUAAGAAUGAAAGAAUAUCGAGAGAACGGUGUGACCAAUGCAAACGGAACAGCAUUCACGUGAUAGGGGUAUCCCCACGCGGCUGCCCCAGCUGGCCCGGCUGCGGGCCGCCUGCCCCCCGCCACCCCCGGGGGCCGCCCUGUACGGCCGCCUCAGGAGUACCUGCUCACCGAGGACCAGCUCAAGGAGAACGGUUACCCGUUCCCGCACCCUGGGCGGCCAGGCGGCGCCCUCGUCUUCACGGCUGAGGAGGAGGAGCCCAAGGACUGUGAGUCGCGGCCGCGUGGGGCUGGGCUGCGCGUCGGGGGCCAGCAUGGGUGCGGUGCGCGCGGAGGGGCGGCCCCCUGAUGCCGGCCGUCCCGGCCCCCACAGCCUCCUGCAGGAUCUGCUGCCGCUGUGGCGCCGAGUACCUCGUGUCGCCCUCGGGCCGCUGCGUGCGGGACAGGAGUGUUCCUACCACUGGGGGCGGCUCCGACGGAACCGAGUGGCCGGUGGCUGGGAGACCCAGUACCUGUGCUGCUUAGCCGCCGUUGGCUCCACCGGCUGCCAGGUUGCCAAGCAACACGUGCAGGAUGGCCGGAAGGAAAACCUCGAAGGCUUCGUGAAGACCUUUGAUAAAGAGCUUUCAGAAGAUGCCCACCCAGGAAUAUUUGCCCUCGACUGUGAAAUGUCCUACACCACCUACGGCCUGGAGCUGACGCGCGUCACAGUGGUGGACACGGACAUGCACGUCGUUUACGACACCUUCGUCAAGCCGGACAAUGAGAUCGUGGACUACAACACCAGGUUUUCAGGGGUGACUGAGGCUGACCUUGCCGAUACGAGCAUCACUCUCCGGGACGUCCAGGCUGUCCUGCUGAGCAUGUUCAGCGCUGACACCAUCCUCAUCGGACACAGCCUGGAGAGUGACCUGCUGGCCUUGAAGGCCAUCCCCAGCACCGUGGUGGACACGGCUUUGCUCUUCCCACACCGCCUGGGCCUGCCAUACAAGCGCUCCCUGAGGACCCUCAUGACCGAGUACCUCAGACAGACCAUCCAGGACAACAUGGACGGGCACAGCUCCAGUGAGGAUGCCGCCGGAGUCCCCGCGGCCCCGCUCAGCCCCGCCCCCUCCACCCUGGACCCCUCCCUCCAGGCUGCUGCAGCCCGCGAGGGCCGCCGUGUCCCCCCCCCCGCGAGACCACCCGCCCCGGCCCCCACCUCCGGGGCCGUGCAGGUUUGAGACGGGGUCGUCCUCUUUUGUUUUGUAUUUUCAUUAUCUUUAAUUGAAGCCUGAUGACUUGCACCGUUGUCUUUCCCACCUGGAGCAGCAGGACCCUGGUGCUGCCUGCCUUCCUGGGCCGGGGUUGGCCAGCCGGCUGGGCCCAGGAGCCCCCUUCCCUGGCGCAGCCUACCUGGACUGCAGGACCUCUGGGAACCAAGCCAGUCCCCCCACCCUCCCC